AUGCUUUGUUUACCAAAUUACGUACUACGUUAUUUAUCUGUUAUUAUUAUUAACCGAGAUUUAUUCAUGGGAUCGUCGAAUAACGAUCAAAAACUCAACAACACCAAUCUUCUCCGAAAGCAUACAUGGCACCCGGAAACUAAUGAGUUAAAAAGAGAAAGGCGGUCUCCUGGCCUACCAGGAACUUUAAACGGAACAGUCUCCGAUACGAACCGAUCGGACUCUUUUCGAAAGCGGAAUUACAGUGCUGGCGACUAUGUCAUUUCACCUGGGGCAAAUGGUGGUGAAGGAAGCUCUCUUACCCAUUCCUGGACGUUUCAACCAGGCCGACACAAUCAGGGUUUAUACUCCAAUAAUUUCCGAGAAGCUCAGCGUCAAUGGAAACGUUUACAGGAGUGGGGUGAAGUAAAAGAAACAAAGAAAAUCAAGAAGCGAUUUGAUAGAUUUUCCGGCCGAAAGUUCAUCAACGACUAUGAAAUUGUUAGCGAAAUUGGCCGCGGCAUGCAUGGAAAAGUCAAGUUGGGGCGCGAAGUCAAUACCAAGGCGUUAUUAGCCAUAAAAAUAAUCCCCAAGACGGAGCGUCGUCCUAAACUCGGUCGUGCCAAUUCUUCGAGCCAAAAGGAGAAAGUACGUCGCGAAAUUGCUAUCCUAAAAAAAUGUAUUCAUCCGAACGUUGUCCGCUUACGCGAGGUUAUUGACGAUCCAAAUUCUACUAAAGUGUACUUGGUCCUCGAAUACAUGAAUGGAGGUGAAAUUCAGUGGACAGAGAACCAGUCUCCUCUUUUGUCUGUCGAGCAGGCUCGCCAAUAUUUCCGCGAUGUAGUCUGUGGCCUUGAAUACCUUCAUUAUCAAGGAAUCAUCCAUCGAGAUAUAAAGCCUGCAAACCUUCUUUUGAGCUCUUCCACGUGCGUUAAAAUAUCCGAUUUUGGUGUUUCGUAUAUAGCGCGUAGUGGUUUAAAUGAGGAAAAUGAUGUUGAACUCGUAAAGACUGUAGGUACGCCGGCCUUUUUUGCUCCUGAGCUGUGUUGGACGGAUUUAGACCGUCCCAGGCCGAAAAUCUCUGAAGCUAUUGAUGUAUGGGCUUUAGGUGCCACUCUAUUCUGUCUUUUGUUUGGCCGAUGCCCUUUUCAAGCGUCUACGGAAUAUGAGUUGUUUGAUAAGAUCGUUAAUGAACCCUUACAAAUCCCUUCUACCCCUGAGAUAGGAGAGGAUGGCCAUGAUUUGCUUAAUAGAUUGCUUAGCAAAGAUCCAAGUACUCGUAUAACUUUGGCUGAAGUGAAGCGUCAUCCGUGGACAAUUCGUGAUAUGCCAGAUUAUGAAGAAUGGAUUAAGGGUACAAACCCCGAAGCAAGCGGUCGCGUUGAAGUAUCCAAUGAUGAGGUUGCUUCUGCUGUCAGUUUGGUGGGACGUUUGCGUAAGAAGCUAAGUAAGCUCUUUCGCUUUCGUCGUCCGAAAACGCAAGAACAGGAAGUCUCAUCGUCUCCUUCUGAUUCGUCUUUUCGCAGAGAAAACGAUGCCAGUAAUUCAUCCCUUGCUUUAUCCAUAACGCAGUUGUCUGAUUCAUUUAAUCACAUGUCUAUGGACAAGCAACAGAGAGAUGCAAGCGAAUCCGAAGAAAAAUCUGGGGGCAAAGGUUCCGUCGAGGAAGUUCAGCAUUUAGAAAAACCUAAAAUUGAUUUCAAUUGGGACCGAUCCCCGGCUAGUGAACUUUCAGACCCUGCUGAAGCCAAUAACGAGGAUGUUGGUGACGAAGAUGAUUAUGAUGAAGAAUCUUCUUCUGAAGACCAAAGUCCAAAUUCGUCAAAAAUGCAUUCGAGGGUAGCUGAUUAUGAUGUCUAUAGUCAAGCCUCCAUGGAACCAAAUGGUGAUCCCAUGGAUUAUUCCCAAGAAGUCGAUUUUGACUUAAAGAAGGACCAGGUUCCGAUGGUUGCUUGGCGUGACUAUGAGCGUUUAAACAAGUCCCGUCCAGGAGAUGAUCCAGAGUACCAUUCAAUUUCAGGUUUUCUAUCUUCCAAUGGUCUUCCUUCGAGCCAAACACGGGCUACUCCUUCGUAUUACUUUGAACAUCCCAUGACUUCCAGUCACUAA